AUGGCUGAAGAGGACAGCGAGAUGCCUGCCAGAGAGCUGCAGGUCGCGGAGCAGCUGCCUGUUAUCCAGCUGUGCGGGCUGGUAGAGGAGCUCAGCUACCGAAACUCAGCUCUCAAAACUGAGACAGAGAUGUUUGAGAAAUAUUACAAUAAAAUGGAUCCCAAGGAUCAGCGAAUUCCCCGAUUAUCUGAAGUUAAAAGACCAGGAACAGACUUUGCACAGUUGCGAGGCAGGCAUAGAUCCAAAUCCCGCCAAGGUACUGACCUUAUAACAUGCCUCAGCGUUGACCAAAAAUGCGACCUUGUGCAAAAGGAGCUGGAAGACAUGAAGGAGGACAUAAGGCACCUGCGAGCCAAUGCCGAACGGGACCUGCAGUAUCAUGAGGCUAUCAUUGAGGAAGCUGAAAUCCGGAGGGCUGAAGUUCAGAAAGCAGUGAACGAGUUUGAAAAAGAUAUUCUGAAAACCAUAGCCAAGAAGAAAGGGAGUAUUUUGGCAACUCAGAAAGUGAUGAAGUACAUCGAGGACACGAACCGCUGGAGGGAUCACAUGAAGGAUAAAUUAAGUUUGAAAAACGUUUCUCUCAAAGUCCAGAGGAAAAAGAUGCUUUCACAGCUGAGGCAGAAGGAAGAGGUGGGCGAGGCCCUCCACGAUGUUGAUUUUCAGCAGCUGAGGAUCGAGAAUGCCCAGUUCUUAGAGACGAUUGAAACAAGGAAUCAUGAGCUGAUCCAGCUCAAGCUGGCAUCGGGAACCACGCUGCAGGUCCUCAAUGCAUACAAAACCAGGCUACACCGAGCAAUGAAAAUGUCCAUCAGUCUGGAAAAGGAGAUCUUGCAGAGAAAUGAGUUACUUGAAAAAAUUGAAAAGGAAACCCUACAAGUAGAGGGGGACCGCGCCAAAGACGAGGCUUUGAACAAGCAGCUCCGGAAGCAGCUAAGCGAGUUCCGAGUGCCGCCGGUGAUGCUGUAUGUCCAGGGGCAGGUCCAGAAUGAAGACCUGGAGAAGACCGUCAAGACAUGGGAAAGGAAAGUGGAGAUUGCAGAGAUGUCCUUAAAAGGCUACCGCAAAGAUUGGAAUAAAAUGAAGAGAACCAAUGAGCAGUUGCUGGCCAUGGGCCCCGCUGGGAAAUAGCCAGAGCGAGGCCACGGCUGCAGACCAAAGAGAGAUCUAUUAAAAUAAUCAGCUCCUUUCCAG